AUGCAAACCGCAAAGAACGUGUUAUAUGGUGAUUCCAAAAAUUUGCAACCGUGGGGUCUGAUUAUACUUUUGUUAUCAAAAUCUGUAAAAACCUAUGGAUCUGUUUCACAGACGAAGUUAAUAGAUGAACAGCAAAGGGCACUGGCAGAAUUGAUAGAAUUAAUGAGAACUGGUCAUUUAAUCCAUCGCGGCAUUGUUAAUGUUCCAUUUGCAAAACGAUCUAAGAACACAGAAUCUGCCAUUUUUGGUAACAAAAUUUCCAUUCUUCUUGGAGACUAUCUUUUAGUUACGGCUAAUACAAUGUUAGCAGGGCUUAAAAAUUCUGAUGUCCUCUACAUCGUAUCAUCUGGCUUGAAAGAUUUAUCUGAAGGAGAAUUCUUUGGGGACAGGGAUGAACAGAACAUGCCAUUACCGGGAAAGCCUAAAACUAUGAAUGACGAUAUUAUAACUUUUGAUGAUAUCUCCUUAGCAUCUGAUGAUGUAUUAGGAAAACCCAGAAAAGAAUGGACUGCUCGAACUGUUUUUAAUGGGGUUAGUUUGCUUGGCAGAGCUUGUCAAUCAGCUAUGCUUAUAGCUAAACAAAAUCGUGAAACUCAGAAUUAUGCUUAUCAUUUCGGAUGUCAUGUUGGUUUAGCUUGGCAAGCUGCUACGGAAUUGCAGAGUCUGACAUCUGAUAGAAAGGAUCAGUUCUGUUUAGCCAGUGCUCCAGUGCUUUUCGCUUUAGAAGGAAAUCCCAAUUUAUAUAAAAUAAUAGACCAGGCGAAAAAUGACGUUAAGGAUGUAGAUUAUGAAGAUUUAAAAUUUAAUAUUUUGAAAACAGAUGCAAUAGAAAAAACUAAAAUGCUGUACGAAGACCACGCGAAGAAGGCUACGACGUAUAUUGAGAAUAUUGGAAAUAAUGAGUCUGUUGAAAUGAUUAAGAAAUUGAUAAAUACUUUUUAA